GAUAUUCAGGGCGGGAGCUUCCCUGCUUUCUCUGCCGUAGGGACACGGUGACGCGUCUCGGAGGUUUGAGGCACAUGAUGGCCUGAUGAGGGGAGUACCCAAGCGACGAGGUCUCAGAAUUCGACCAGCUCUAUCCCCUCCUCCAGGAUAACCGCAAGCCCCUGGUGGGAUGGCAGCCGCAGGUCCAGCUCGUUGAUGUCGCCGACCGGGAGAUACAGGUUCGAGAUGCUCCCAACGCCCACCAUGAAUAUAUUCCACCACUCUUUCUUCCUCCCGCUCUUCGGCACUUCGCCCGCGCUGUCCCCCGCGACGACAGCAUACCUCCUCCGCCACCGCAUCAUGAGCAACGCCGACCCUCUCUUCCGCCAAGCCGGGUCCUCCGCCCCAUCGUCACCCUCAUCCCCCUCAUCUCUCUCAUCCCCGCCAAACAGCGAUGAGUAUCCCCGUCUCGACCGGUGCUUCUCCAACAACCGCACCGACAGCCGCACCGGAAUGCCGCCGAACCACCACGACCACGGCCGCCUGCGCGGCCCCGCCGCCGCGCCCGCCGCGCUUGCCCGGGCACCGGUCCGAGAGAUCAACGGAGUGUCCGCGGCCGAUGCAGCCCCCAGACAAGACGGAGCCUCCACAGAGCAACAGCUCAGCGCCACCAGCGAGACCACACUACCCCGACUGCAGCCGCUGCCGGCCACGUCACAACCGCCACCUCCGUUCCGAUGGUGGUGAUGAUCCUGAUAAUCAUCAUCCUCAUCAUCAUUGUCACGGCCACCGCCGCCACCGUCACACCACCUCCCCCGCUCACCAUCCGCGCCCCUAACAACCCCAAUACACCCAGCCCCACCCCCACCCCGACCCCCAUCACAA